AUGACACGCCAGCUUCACCCCCUUGAGAUUAACCCCAAAACUGGGGAACCAUUCCUCCGGCUUCCAGCACCGCACCAAAACAUCAUCCUCACCCCUCCCCGAGAGGGAGAUCAAUCCAUAAACAUGCACCACAUGAAUGAUCCGGCCAUUCAUAAGUGGUUAGAAGGACCCCCAGUACCAUAUCUACCAGAACACGCGGACUCCUGGUUCCAGUUUGUUAAAGGGCAAUCCGAUGCCACAUUGGGGUAUCUAAGGAAGAGCGAGGAGAAUUUUCCUGAUGGUCCGCUUCAGUUCGUGGAUGCGUGCCCUGUGCGGUAUCUUAGGGAGGUCAAAGAGAACGGGACAGACGUUCUUAUAGGAGAUUUAUGUUUGAGAAGAAGUCCAAUGGAGGAGGUGUUGGAUGAAGUAGAACGGAAGCGCCUAGAAGAAGAGAAUGCAAAAAAGCAAGCAGGUGAUCCGACGAUUCAGUAUGCUGUUGGAGACUGGCUUGCUGCGAGCCACCAUGGACGAAGUAUCAUGACUGCGGCUGUCGGCCUCUUUAUGAGCGCAUGGGCGAUCCCUAGGAUGGGAGCUCGUCAUGUGGUGGCAUACACCUUUGCUGAGAACAUUGGCAGUAUCCGUGUAUUUGAGAAGAACGGGUUCGUGAACAAGGGACUGUUAGACAAUGGGAAGAUGGUUAGAGGAGAGAAGAAGACACUGACCCAUCUCGAGUGGAAACACGACCAAGAUGCUUGA